GUUGGGGAUCAAUUCCGGGUGGUCGAGAUAAUUCUCGAUGACCUCCCUAUACUCCUGGAAUUGAUAGCAGGUCUGGAGGUCCUCAUGUUAGAGCUGUUUCUCAUAGUCGUCGCCGAGGGUCUCGUAGGUAGCUCAGCGGUGAAGCGAGAAAGUACAGGCGGAAGCGGUCAGGGUAACCGCCCCGGGGCAUCCUUCAAAUACUGCCCAAGCGUGAAUGACUUGAUCGGCACGGAUAGUUCGCGACAAGAUAAUGCCGUAGUCGUGUUCAGGGGGGGGGGGGCGUUCACCGUGGACAACGCGAAGUGA